AUGCAUACCUCUCUGGUCCUUCUUGCGCUCUUGGGCGAUGCUCUCGUGCAAGCCCAGUCACUGAGGACGUUCUCGUUGACUGCAUGUACCACACAGAGUGGCGUAGUAAACUGUUUGCGUGAUGGGACAACAGUGCCGUGGACGACAUUGAGCAGUACAGCAACAGCAGCACCUUCAACUACCGUCGACCCUAGCACCACUCAAGCAGAAGUAUCCGCUGUGCCGACUGCUAUCACUGGUUGCCACAUGCACGGCGAUACCCAAUUCUGUUUUGCUGGAGCUGCAGAGUAUGAGGUGUUGACCACAGCCACUGCUACUGCGGAGCUUCCCUCGGAAUACACUGGCUGCCAUGCUCAUGACACAGACUUGUUUUGCCUUGGCCCUCAGGGCGAGGAAGUUGAGGUCAUUGCAGAAGGCGCAUCUCAUAGCGAUGGAUCUCAUGAGGAGCAUGCGAGCGGAACCUCAUCUCCAACUGUGACCUCAGCGGUAGCCACAGGGGCCGCCCAAGCUUCACAGGUCACAGCACUUACCCAGUGCCAUAUGCAUGAGACUGAACAGUUUUGUAUGGGUCCUAGCGCUACAGAAUAUCUCAUGAAAGUACCCGCGACAGCAACACAGGACCUACCAACUCAAUAUACAGGUUGCCAUGCUCAUGGAGCCCAGCUAUUCUGCAUGAGCCCUUCUGGCGGAGAGGUUCUUGCUCAAGCGCAAACGGCAGACGGAGAAGAGGCAGCUGGUGAAAUUUCUGCUGAUGGAGUCAGCUGCCACUUCCACGCUGGCGUGGAGCAUUGUGUUGAUGCGAACGGCAAUACUGUGGAGGGAACGUGUGAAGCUGUUGAUCGUGAUUACAACAUUCCUCUCCGCAUUGGGCUUGUGUUUGCCAUUCUCGCCACUGCAUCCAUCGGUGUAUUCGGUCCAAUUUUCCUCUCACUUGGCAGAUUCAAGGGAGGUGGUAUGGCCAUGUCGAUAGUCAAGCAGUUUGGUACUGGUGUCAUCAUUUCGACAGCUCUUGUCCAUCUCUUCACACAUGCAGAACUCAUGUUCGCAAACCACUGCUUGGGUGGUCUGAAGUAUGAAGCCACCACUGCCGCAAUUGUGAUGGCGGGUAUCGUCAUAUCCUUCGUACCAGAGUAUAUCGGGGCUAGAGUCUUCUUGUGGCGUGUGUCAAAGCAGACGGGUGAAAUUCCUGCUUCACCAACUCCAGACCAAAGUCACGACUCAAAGGGGGCUGUGAACAAUGAUGCUCCAGUCGGACAUCAUCUCAUUCACUCAGGUGAUGCCCAUGCUCAAUCGCCCGCUCUGCAGAAGCUCAAAGUCAACAUCAUGGAAGCUGGAAUCAUCUUCCACUCUCUGCUGAUUGGCCUCACUCUUGUCGUCGCCGGCGACUCGGGCUUCAUCACCCUCUUCAUCGUCAUCAUCUUCCACCAGAUGUUCGAAGGUCUCGCUCUUGGCUCCCGCAUUAGCGAUCUUGAGAUCCGAAUGGCAGAGAAAAUCAUCAUGGCCACUGCCUUUGCGCUCGUAACACCAAUCGGCAUGGCGAUUGGCAUUGGCGUGUUGAACCAGUUCAACGGCAACGAUCCUUCGACCAUCAUUGCAAUCGGUACGCUGGACGCGUUGAGCGCUGGUAUUUUGCUUUAUGUGGGAUUGGUAGAGAUGUUGGCGCAUGAUUGGAUGCAUGGGGAACUGAGUAGAGCGCCUCUGAAGCAAGUGGUUCCCGCUGCAGUCAGUCUGGUUGCUGGGUUAGUAUUGAUGAGUGUGCUGGGAAAAUGGGCCUAG